UUGCUUUUCUCUAACCUUUUGACCACAUACCAACACACACGAUAUAAUACACUCUGAUCUGAUCUGCUCCCUGAUGAAUUAUUAGUUAGUUAGUUGGCAUGAAAAAUGGCAUUCAUUGUGUUCUUGGACACCAUAUUGGUUCCCUUGAGCCUCUCCCUUACCAUCGGGUACCAUGCCUAUCUCUGCCACCGCCUCAAGCACAAGCCCGCCGCCACCACCAUCGGCCUCAACAUGCUCAAGCGGAGAUCCUGGCUUCAGGAUUACAAUCAGGGAAAUGACAAGAAGGGCAUGUUAGCGGUGCAAAGCCUGAGAAACACAUUAAUGGCGUCCAUCCUCACAGCCACAAUCACCGUAAUCAUCAUCGUUUCCCUGGCGGCUCUCACCAACAACGCCUUCAACGCCGCCUCCCACCUCUUCCACGGCCCACUCCUCGGCCUACAUUCCGGCCGCCUCAUAGUCCUCAAACUCGGCUGCGCCGCCAUCUUCCUGCUCGCCAGCUUCAUGUGCAGCUCCAUGGCCAUCGCCAACUUGAUCGACGCCAACUUCUUGGUCAACGCGGUGGGGGCCGACGACUUCUCCGCCUCGCCGCCGCCGUCGCACACGCAGACGGUGCUGGAACGAGGCUUCAAGCUGGCCGUGGUGGGCAACAGGGCGCUUUGCAUGGCGUUUCCGGUGUUGUUGUGGAUGAUUGGUCCGGUCGCCGUCUUCGUCUCCUCGGUGGCGCUGGUUUGGGCGUUGCACGGCCUUGAUUUUGUCGGCGACUUUUCGGCGAUCGCCGGAAAAACCAGUCUGCAGCCUUGAACAAUGAAGAUCUUAAUUGUGUAUCAUAAUCAUCUUUAAUUUAAAAAAAUAUAUAUUGUAAUAAUAAUGAUAGAAUUUUGGUAAUUACUAGGAGUUGUGAGAUUGGUGAGUGAAUAUAUGGAUUUCUCCUAAAUAAUUUAGUGCAAAUUAUAUCGUACAUUCAUUUUGUAAAUUAAACUUGAUACAUUGUCAUUU